AUGACUAUUCUACCGAAAAAGAAACAAAACAAAAACAACGGGGACGAUGAUCGUGACAAGGAUCAUCCCAAUGAACGGUACAACUAUGCUCAGAUUAGCAACUCCAACCAGAAUGGCCAGAUUUCACCCAAUAGUCGAAAUUGGUCUUCUAGAAGUGACGACAAGCGUUCAGCUCCCGAUUCCGACUGUCCGAGUGACCAUUCCAACUUGGGAAAUCCUCACAUAAAAAGGCGGCAUCGAAAUAACCGUGAACGUGAUGGCAACUCUGAUCUGACUCGGUCGCUCAUCGGUUCAGUUCGAAACAAGUCUUCCCACAACAGCCCUUCGAGUUCACCCCGAGACUUAAACCGGGGCAAUGUUGAUGGUGAUCUUUGCAUGCCGGGAUCUAGCGGAAUGAUGACGCGACAGGAGAGCGAAUUGGCUCACUCGGGACUGAUUGUUCCCAGAGUGAACCAUGAAAUGAAAGACGAUAAGAAAGACAAUUCUGGCUACAACAGUGGGGAUGAGUACCAGAAGCCUAGCGAGCAUUGGACCAACAAUGACUGGGACGAAAAGGAGCGAAUUUUCGAAAGAAUUAUUCGCAAGAAAGGCCUUAUCAUCAAGAAAAUGCAGGAAGAUGGUGCAUGCUUGUUUAGAGCUGUCGCUGAUCAAGUUUACGGUGACCAAGAUAUGCAUGCUUCAGUGCGAAAACUUUGCAUGGACUACAUGGAAAAGAAUUGUGACUAUUUUUCUCAGUAUGUGACGGAAAACUUUUCCAGCUACAUACAACGAAAAAGGGACGACCGCAUUCACGGAAAUCACAUUGAAAUACAAGCUAUGAGUGAAAUUUUCAAUCGUCCAAUUGAAGUGUACCACUACACACUGGAGCCAAUCAACACGUUUCAAGGUGUCAAAGCGAGUGACGAACCAAUCCGUCUUUCAUAUCACCGCAACGUGCACUACAACUCAAUUGUCGACCCGUACAAAGCCACCAUCGGCGUGGGGCUUGGUCUUCCCUCGUUUAAACCUGGCCUAGCUGACAAGACAUUGAUGGAAAAGGCUAUGCUCAUUUCAGAGCAGCAUGAGUUGGAGCAGGCAAUGCUAGAAGAUAAAAUUCGUGCCACUGAUUGGGAAGCGACCAACGAUGCAAUCGAAGAGCAAAUUGCACGAGAGUCUUACCUUGAAUGGCUCCAUGAGAGUGAACUGCGAUCUCGUAAAAAGAAGCAUACGACGAGCGCUACGUCAACCCAAACAAAGUUUAUUGACGAUGAAAACCCCCAUAUUCCGUCACCAAAGGGAUACCAUUCUCCUCGCUCAACAGUCAAAAGUCCAUCGAUAGAUCGUGAUAUUCGAAGCCCAAAGAGAAACGAAGACCCGAGCAGCAAGUCAAACUGUUACAGUCGCAGUAUAGAGAAUGAAGCGACGGACUUUGUUCAAUGCUUUACCACCUAUUCAGAGACUUGUCAGUAUGAGGACGAAGAAGAUGAAGACGACGAUGAUGUUUUGGCUAGAGUGCUUGCCCAAUCUCAGGCAGAGUAUCUGGAUUCGCUGAAGAGUGCACAUUCGGCUUCCAAGUCAACCACCGCUACGAAUGACAUGCCAGCAGAGACAGAUACCACUUCGGGUGAUUACAUCUCUAACCAGCCCUCUACUUCCAAUUAUCGUUUAUAA